GCAAGACGACCACGCGUUGCCAGUCCCACUCUAGCUAGCAGGCUGCGAAGAAGAGCGAAGGCAAGCUUUCUUUGGCGGCGCAAGGGAAGCUGAACUCUGUUGGAGCUCGCGCACUGAGGCCGCACAUCGAAAUGGCGGCGCCACCAGAGAGGAUGGAGGUUUCUCAGGGAGCUAACGGAGCAAAACCUGCUGCUGAAGAUAUGACAUCAAAGGAUUAUUAUUUUGACUCAUACGCUCACUUCGGCAUCCAUGAGGAGAUGCUUAAAGAUGAGGUCCGUACGCUGACCUACCGGAACUCAAUGUUCCACAACAAGCAUCUUUUUAAAGAUAAGGUGGUGUUGGAUGUGGGCAGUGGGACGGGCAUUCUCUGCAUGUUUGCUGCCAAGGCUGGAGCCAAAAAAGUUAUAGGGAUUGAGUGCAGCAGCAUCUCAGACUACGCUGUGAAAAUAGUGAAGGCCAAUAAGCUGGAUGACGUGGUGACCAUCAUUAAAGGAAAAGUGGAGGAGGUGGAUUUGCCUGUGGACGGAGUAGAUAUCAUCAUAUCUGAGUGGAUGGGCUACUGUCUCUUCUACGAGUCUAUGCUCAAUACAGUCAUCUAUGCCCGGGACAAGUGGCUGAAGCCAGACGGACUAAUUUUCCCAGACAGGGCAACUCUUUACGUGACUGCCAUUGAAGACCGACAGUACAAGGACUACAAAAUUCACUGGUGGGAGAAUGUGUAUGGAUUUGACAUGUCCUGUAUCAAGGAGGUGGCAAUUAAGGAACCCCUGGUUGAUGUAGUAGACCCCAAGCAGCUGGUCACCAGCGCCUGUCUCAUCAAGGAGGUGGACAUCUAUACAGUGAAGUUAGAUGACUUGACGUUCACCUCACCAUUCUGCCUGCAAGUUAAGAAGAACGACUACAUCCAUGCACUCGUUACCUACUUCAACAUCGAGUUCACUCGCUGUCACAAGAGGACCGGCUUUUCUACCAGCCCAGAGUCCCCCUACACUCACUGGAAGCAGACAGUCUUCUACUUGGAUGAUUACCUGACUGUCAAGAUAGGAGAAGAGAUCUUGGGCACCAUCAGCAUGAAGCCAAACGUCAAGAAUAAUAGGGACCUGGACUUCACCGUAGACAUCGACUUCAAGGGUCAACUUUGUGAGGUGUCCAAGACGUCCGAGUACAGGAUGCGUUAGAAGCCUCUCUUAUCUCUCGGUGUAUAGUUUGUCUUUAAAGGCCGACUUGGAGUGUUGAAACAGUUUAAAUACUCCCCUGCAGCAACGUUUUAAACACAUUUCCCCUCAACCAUUUGCUCAAAUAUUGUUCAUCUUUAGGGUUUUUCACAAUUUGGGGAGUGAGACGGCAGUACGACUCGCGCAGUAGUCAAUCUCGUGUUUGUGACCGACGUCCUCUCGGGUUCACUUUGUCCUCUCAUUCUUUGCACAUGCAAGACCCGUAGACACAAACACUACAGCUCCCCAUGACACAUCUGCUUGGAGUCACUGCCCUCUUUUAUUUCUUUGGACUUUGUCAAAGCUGUAGGCGUGUGGGUUCCUGGUUUUCUUUGAAGAAAACUAGCAACCUAGAUUCUGUAUAGAAACGUAACUAGCUAGUAUUAAACCCAAACUGAUAAGACGCACUCCGAGUUAAGAGGCUCUGUCUUACGGUCACAUUGACUUUAGAGAUUUUUAAUCAUCUUAAAGAACAUAGUCAAUGUGUAGCGAGCUAGCCUUACUCUCUUGUCCCAUAAUGGUGACAGUAGGUCUUGUAGGUUCUAUCCUUGUGGUGUCCAUCACCAAGCAGCCCGUCCUCCCUCAUUUUGCUUUUACCAGGUCAAAUCAUUUUGAGAACCAAAUGUCGUCAUCCGAAGUAAGUCGUUUUAGUGUUUUCAUAGUGUAAGUGUUAACUGCUGGGCAUGAAGGAAGGAAGAAGACUGACUGGUUCCAGCUGUUUCACAUGGCUCCACACCUGUUUCUUUGGAGCUUGUGUGUUCUCGCACAAUUAGUGUUGUCUAAGGCUCUUUGAGUUGACUUGAACUGAACUUACUAAGUUGGCCCUCAGCAGACAUGACUGGCCACACUGACUUUGUUUUGUAUUUUUAUUUUUUCCCUCUGCUGCUUUUUUAUAAUAAAACUAAACCUGUAAAUUAAACUUUGUUUUGCAGCAGCUCUAGUCUGGAUGUUUUCUGACAUUGUAAGGUUUAUGAGCAUUCAAAGUGUCCUGUAUUAAUAUCGGCAGUAUUUUCUAACUUAACAGAUUCCAUUUUCUGCAAACAUUGAAAUUUCAAGUUUGAGCUCAUUCAUUACAUCUUUGCUUGUUUCACACUCUUUACAUUUUCUGGACUCAAAAUAUGAAAUGUUUUUCUUACACUCCGCAUUUAUCAACAGGUUCAAUACAUCGAGUGUAUUGUUAUGGAAAAGUACCACUUUUUUCAUACCAAAUAUUUGUUGACAACUCGGCGUUUCUCAUCUAAUUCAAACCAUUGCAAUGUUAAAAUGGGUGUUUGCCUUCAGCUGAAAACUUUUUUGCCCAGCAUUUAACAAUUCCCAUUAAAAUGAAUAGAGAACUUAUCUUAAAAUUACAUUUCUCAACCCCUGCAAACCCCAGCAUCAAAACUAACCUUAGACAAUUUUCUACUAUCCAAAAACUGAAUCUAUUUUUGUUUUGUUCCCAACCAAUCUGCUGCAGCACACUAUUGUGCCGUACAAACUGUAUAAAAUAAAAA